CAGAGUUAUGGAUGGGUCAAAAAUACAUGAAGCAACGAGUGAAGCAAUAAGUCAACAGGGUGAAAGUCGAUUAGAAAACAUUUAACUCAGGUUAAAGUCUAUUUAUACAGUGAACUACGUGGUAUAGUUAAUCCUAUGGUGACUAAAACAAAGUUUUACCUUAUCUAACUAUCUUUUCCAACAAACAACACCUACAACAUGAACACCUAGGCCUACGUACUUUUUUUCGCUUUCUUAUCUAGUUUUACAAUUGUCUGAUAGGUACAAUACACCAAAGUUGUGGUCUGUGUUUUAAGAGCAAAAUAGCGUUUGCAGUCUACUUAGUGUAAUUCGUUGAAUAGCCUGGAUUCUGGAUACAACGGUCUUGUCAUAAUUCUUCCUUCUGCCGUUUACAAUUCAUAAUUAAAAAUGGAUAUGCUUAGUGGUCAACAACUUGUGAACAAGCAAAAGCAGGGUGUGCACGCUGAAGUUGCUCUUCAAAAUAAGGAUAUUAUUUGCUAUUAUUUUUCAGCCCACUGGUGCCCUCCUUGCCGCAUGUUUACCCCAAUCCUAGCAGACUUCUACAGGGAUUUGGAAGCUGUAGGUGCUCGCCUUGAAUGUAUAUUCGUUUCCUCUGACCGAAGCGAAAACGAGAUGAUACAGUACAUGGUAGAAUCACAUGCUGAUUGGCUCGCAAUUCCAUGGGGAACACAGCUUGCUGGGACUUUAAAAUCUAAAUAUGGUGUAAGUGGUAUUCCUUGCCUGGUGGUGGUUAAGAAAGAUGGGACGAUUAUCACAAAAGACGGAAGAAGUGAUGUUCAUCGCUUCGGUGCGAGCUGUUUCCAGCAGUGGGCGAAUGCCUAAAAAUGCGUGCAAUAAUACUGUUUUUUCUCGCUGUUGUUUUGAACUCCUUCACAGUGCUGACCCCAAGUCUUACAGAACAAACAAUUUCUGCCACCCCCCUUCCGAAAAAAAAAGAAGACGAAAUAAAUGUUCACUGUUCGUUAUUUCUAUACCAGCGAGUUUAAUACACAUAAUUUCCCAAUAA